ACAACAAUCAUGCUUUAGUCACUGUUGUCAAAAAUAAAUUGUUUGUGGAAUGUCGGGUGAUGGGCAAAAGUCUGUGGAUACUGUACAAAGAAGUAAAGAUAUUGCAGCUAAAAGGCAAGCGUUAGAUCCGUGUUUAAAGGAAAAUGAAAUGACUACGCAGUGCAUGAAUGAAAAUGGGUAUAAUGGAGAAAUGUGUAAGGACUUCUUUGAAAACUACAGAAAUUGCAAGAAAUUUUGGUCCUGGGUUAUGGACCAGAGAAAAAAACAGGGGAUACAACCCUAUCUACCCCCACCUGAAGAAAGGGAAAGUGUUAAGAAGGAGUAUCUACCCUUGUUGCUUAAAAAGUGAUAGUAGUCAAAGUCCAAAAUGACACAAUAUAGUAAUAUAUGAAUAUGUUUAAGUAUUACAAAAUGAAUUAUUAAAAAAUCAGUGUUUCA